UCUUUCAUUUGAAUCUUGGUGUGCUCUAUAUAUAUAGCACAUGAAGCUCACUUAUAUAUUCGACCUCAAGGAUUUCUAGUUAACUAAUCAAAUUGGUGUUUUGGUUUUGUUAUUGACAUCAAAGAAGUCAUGGAAGAAGUGAAUGUGGUGCAGACUAAGAAUGGAACUGUUGCAGUAGCAUCUGCAUUUGCUGGCCAUCAGGAAGCUAUACAGGAUAGAGACCACAAAUUUUUAAGAAAGGCCAUUGGAGAAGCAUAUACAGGGAUAGAAUAUGAAGAUGGAGGACCUUUUGGUGCUGUUAUAGUUUGUAAUGAUGAAGUAGUUGCUAGUUGUCACAACAUGGUUCUGAGGAACAAUGAUCCAACUGCUCAUGCUGAAGUCACAGCUAUAAGAGAGGCUUGUAAGAAGCUAAAUCAGAUAGAACUUUCAGAAUGUGAAAUAUACUCUUCUUGUGAACCUUGUCCAAUGUGCUUUGGUGCAAUCCACCUUUCACGAGUUAAGAGGUUGGUUUAUGGUGCAAAGGCAGAGGCAGCAAUUGCAAUUGGGUUUGAUGAUUUUAUUGCUGAUGCAUUGAGAGGCACUGGGUUCUACCAGAAAGCAUGCUUGGAGAUUAAAAGAGCUGAUGGCAAUGAGGCCAUCAUUGCUGAAGAAGUUUUUCAGAAAACAAAAGAAAAGUUCAGAAUGUUUUAAAUUAAUCUGUCAUUUCCCUGAUGAUAAUUAACUUCAUCAAUAAGCUUGCUAGCCUUGUACCAGAAGAAUAAGCUUGUUAGCCUCGUUUACCAUUCUGUAUGUGAAAUAAUUAUUACAUAUGGAGAAUCAGAAAUGUAAAUUAUUUACUAA